GCGGCCGACGGGCGGGCACUUCGCGGUUUGAAUGGCUCCGGGCCGGAGUCCUCUGCUCACCUGAAGACCGGCCGUCCCGGGGUGCGCUAUGCCGUCUGGAGGAGACCAGUCGCCGCCGCCCCCGCCACCCCCUCCGGCGGCGGCAGGCUCGGAGGAGGAGGAGGACGACGACGGGGAGGUGGAGGACGCCGCGCAGCCGGGUCGGUCGCAGACCCCUCAGACCCAGCAGCGGUUCGACGAGCUCUGCUGCCGCCUCAACAUGGACGAGGCGGCGCGGGCCGAGGCCUGGGACAGCUACCGGAGCAUGAGCGAGAGCUACACGCUGGAGGGAAAUGAUCUUCAUUGGUUAGCAUGUGCCUUAUAUGUGGCUUGCAGAAAAUCUGUGCCAACUGUAAGCAAAGGGACAGCUGAAGGAAACUAUGUAUCUUUAACUAGACUUCUUCGAUGUUCAGAGCAGAGCUUAAUUGAAUUUUUCAACAAGAUGAAGAAAUGGGAAGAGAUGGCAAAUCUACCCCAACAUUUCAGAGAACGUACUGAGAGAUUAGAAAGAAACUUCACUGUUUCUGCUGUAAUUUUUAAGAAAUACGAACCCAUUUUUCAGGAAAUUUUUAAACAUCCUCAAGGGGAGCAACCUCGUCAACAGCGAGGAAGAAAACAGAGGCGACAGCCCUGUACCGUGUCUGAAGUUUUCCAAUUUUGUUGGGUGCUUUUUAUAUAUGCAAAAGGCAAUUUCCCCAUGAUUAGUGAUGAUUUAGUCAAUUCCUAUCAUCUUCUGCUGUGUGCUUUGGACUUAGUUUAUGGAAAUGCCCUUCAAUGUUCCAAUCGUAAAGAACUUGUGAACCCUAAUUUUAAAGGCCUGUCCGAAGAUUUUCACGCUAAGGAUUGUAAACCUUCCUCCGACCCACCUUGUGUCAUUGAGAAACUCUGUUCCUUACAUGACGGCCUAGUUUUGGAAGCAAAGGGAAUAAAAGAACAUUUCUGGAAACCCUACAUAAGGAAACUUUAUGAAAAAAAGCUCCUUAAGGGAAAAGAAGAAAAUCUUACUGGGUUUUUAGAGCCUGGGAACUUUGGAGAUAAUUUAAAAGCCAUCAAUAAGGCCUAUGAGGAGUAUGUUUUAUCUGUUGGGAAUUUAGAUGAACGGAUAUUUCUUGGAGAGGAUGCUGAAGAGGAAAUUGGGACCCUCUCCAGGUGUCUGAAUGCUGGGUCAGGAAUAGAGACCGCUGAAAGGGUGCAGAUGAAAAACAUCUUACAGCAGCACUUUGACAAGUCUAAAGCACUUAGACUUUCCACGCCACUUACUGGUGUGAGGUACAAUAAGGGUAACAGCCCUUGUAUGACUCCAGUUUCCACGGCUACACACAGCCUGAGCCGCCUCCACACCAUGCUGACGGGCCUCAGAAAUGCACCGAGUGAGAGACUGGAGCAGAUUCUGAGGACAUGUUCUAGAGAUCCGACCCAGGCUAUUGCCAACAGAUUGAAAGAAAUGUUUGAAAUAUAUUCUCAGAAUUCCCAGCCAGAUGAGGAUUUCAGUAAUUGUGCUAAAGAAAUUGCCAGCAGACACUUUCGUUUUGCAGAGAUGCUUUACUAUAAAGUAUUAGAAUCUGUUAUUGAGCAGGAACAAAAAAGACUUGGAGACAUGGAUUUAUCUGGCAUUCUGGAACAAGACGCAUUCCACAAAUCACUCUUGGCCUGCUGCCUCGAGGUCGUCACUUUUUCUUAUAAGCCUCCUGGGAAUUUUCCAUUUAUUACUGAACUAUUUGAUGUGCCACUUUAUCACUUUUAUAAGGUGAUAGAAGUAUUCAUUAGAGCAGAAGAUGGCCUUUGUAGAGAGGUGGUAAAACACCUCAAUCAGAUUGAAGAACAGAUAUUGGAUCAUUUGGCAUGGAAAUCAGAUUCACCACUCUGGGACAGAAUUAGAGACAAUGAAAACAGAGUUCCUACAUGUGAAGAGGUCAUGCCACCUCAGAACCUGGAAAGAGCAGAUGAAAUUUGUGUUGCUGGCUCCCCUUUGACUCCCAGAAGAGUGAGUGAAAUUCGUGCUGAUACUGGAGGACUUGGAAGAAGUGUAACAUCUCCAACCACAUUGUAUGAAAGGUACAAUUCACCAACAGCCAGCUCUACCAGAAGACGGCUGUUUGUUGAGAAUGAUAGCCCCUCUGACAGAGGAACACCAGGACGCAUGCCACCACAGCCCCUAGUCAAUGCUGUCCCUGUGCAGAAUGUGUCUGGGGAGGCUGUUUCUGUCACACCAGUUCCUGGACAGACUUUGGUCACCAUGGCAACAGCCACUGUCACAGCCAACAAUGGACAGACUGUGACCAUUCCUGUACAAGGUAUUGCCAAUGAAAAUGGAGGGAUAACAUUCUUCCCAGUCCAAGUCAAUGUUGGAGGGCAGGCACAAGCUGUGACAGGCUCCAUCCAGCCCCUCAGUGCUCAGGCCCUGGCUGGGAAUUUGAGCUCCCAACAGGUGACAGGAACAACCUUGCAAGUCCCUGGUCAGGUGGGCAUUCAGCAGAUUUCCCCAGGGGGACAACAGCAGAAACAAGGCCCAUCUUCAUCUGGCAGCCGUAUUAGACCCAGGAAGACCAACUCAUUAUCACUUUUCUUUAGAAAGGUUUACCACUUAGCAGGUGUCCGCCUUCGGGAUCUUUGUACUAAACUGGAUAUUUCAGAUGAACUAAGGAAAAAAAUCUGGACCUGCUUUGAAUUCUCUAUAAUUCAGUCUCCUGAACUUAUGAUGGACAGACACCUGGACCAGUUGCUCAUGUGUGCAAUUUAUGUGAUGGCAAAAGUCACAAACGAAGACAAGUCCUUCCAGAAUAUUAUGCGUUGUUACAGGACUCAGCCACAGGCCCGGAGCCAGGUGUAUAGAAGUGUUCUGAUAAAAGGGAAAAGGAAAAGAAGAAAUUCUGGUAGCAGUGACAGCAGAAGCCAUCAGAAUUCUCCAACAGAACUGAACAAAGACAGAACCAGCAGAGACUCCAGUCCUAUCAUGAGGUCAAGCAGCACCUUGCCCGUUCCACAGCCUAGCAGUGCCCCUCCAACACCUACUCGUCUCACAGGUGCCAACAGUGACAUGGAGGAGGAGGAGAGGGGAGACCUCAUCCAGUUCUACAACAACAUCUACAUCAAACAAAUUAAAACAUUUGCCCUGAAGUACUCACAGGCAAACAUAACAGAUGCUCCUCCACUGUCUCCCUAUCCAUUUGUGAGAACAGGCUCACCUCGUCGAAUACAGUUGUCUCAAAAUCAUCCUGUCUACAUUUCUCCACAUAAAAGUGAAAUGAUGCUUUCUCCUCGAGAAAAGAUUUUCUACUACUUCAGCAACAGUCCUUCAAAGAGACUAAAAGAAAUUAACAGUAUGAUACGGACAGGAGAAACUCCAACCAAAAAGAGAGGGAUUCUUUUAGAAGACGGAAGUGAAUCACCUGCCAAAAGAAUUUGCCCAGAAAAUCAUUCUGCCUUAAUACGCCGUCUCCAAGAUGUAGCUAAUGACCGAGGUUCCCACUGAGCUCCUGAGCCCUCAGCAGGACGGGCCCUCGGCCACCUCUCCCUGAAACCUGGUCUGGAUGCAGGAGCCGACCUCAAGCUGUCCUCCAGACCGGAAGAGAUGAUUGAUUCCCCUUAUUCACACCUCUGACCAAUCAGCUCCCAGCACGACCCCCACCCCUCACCCUGCUGUCUUGUGAUUCGCACUCUAGACCCUGUAACCCAGGCCAAGCCCAGUGGGGGCUCAGAGCAGAGCUCGGGUUCCGGGUCGACCAACUCCAAUAAAC